AAGCCACUGCUGCAUGUGAUACCGAAUGCAGUCCCUUAAAAGAUGUAACAGUAACAGAAACAACAAUAAGUAUCCAGUUAAGCAACAACUUUACAAGAAUGAGUGCAACGUUUCCGAAUGGAUCAAAUGUGGGUGAUUCUGAGAAUGAUUCAAUAUCUGGGCUUUAUCCUGGUUUUCAGUAUAUCGUUCAUUUCAAUAAUACUAUUGAAGCUUGCUGCGAAUACAUUUUUACAAAGCCAAGUCCUGUUCACAGUAUUCAUGCUGAAAAUAUCACCAACACAACCCUGAACUUAAGUUGGAAAAAUGAUGAUAUAAAUGCAUCCAAUUACACUUACCGAAUAGAUAUUGAUGGACUGGAUGAUUUGCGCACUAAAAGUUCUAAUAAAUGGAGUGUGCCAAUUAGUAACUUACAACCUGGAAUGUCAUACAGAUUUAAAAUAUAUCCACAAGUAGAUGGUGGUAAGACUGAAGGAAACCCAAAUGAAACAGUUGUUCACACCAAACCCAGUCCAGUUUCUAGUAUCCAUGCUAACAAUCUCAAUUCCACAUCAAUAAUUCUGACUUGGAACAAUGAAGAUGUAAAUGCUUUUAGCUAUAUUUACAAAAUACUUAACAAAGGACCUGAUUUUCAUAAUGAUGCCUUUUCUAAUACUGGAAAUAUAACAUUCAGUAAUUUGCAACCUGGAACAUUAUAUAACUUUGAAAUAGCUGCACAAAUAAAUGGGACCAAUACUACAGGAGACACAAAAGAAAUAAGUCUUCGUACAAAGCCCAGUCCAGUAUAUGAUAUUAAAGCUGAAAGCAUCACUAAUACAUCCCUGGAUUUAACAUGGAAAAAUAAUGAUACAAAUUCAUCAAAUUACACUUAUCGAAUAUAUAUUGAUGGACCUGGUCGUUUUAAUAAUAUAACUUCUAAUACUACCUAUGUAUCAAUUGCUGGCUUGGAACCUGGAACAUCAUACAAGUUUGAAAUAUAUGCACAGGCCGAUGGUAAUCCAACCGAAGGGGAUCCAAAUGGAGUAAAUGUUUAUACAAAGCCCAGUCCUGUUUAUGAUAUUAAAGCUGAAAACAUCACUAAUACAUCCCUGUAUUUAACAUGGAAAAAUAAUGAUACAAAUUCAUCAAAUUACACUUAUCGAAUAUAUAUUGAUGGACCUGGUCGUUUUAAUAAUAUAACUUCUAAUACUACCUAUGUAUCAAUUUCUGACUUGGAACCUGGAACAUCAUACAAGUUUGAAAUAUAUGCACAGGUUGAUGGUAAUCAAACCGAAGGGGAUCCAAAUGAAAUAAAUGUUUAUACAAGACCCAGUCCAGUGUAUGAUAUUAAAUUUGAAAAUGUCAACACCACAACUCUGGAUAUAAAGUGGAAAAAUAAUGAUACAAAAGCAUCUAAUUAUACUUAUCAAAUUUAUAUCAAUGGAACUGACAAUACAACUUCUAAUAUUCCAUAUGUGAAAAUUGUUGGCUUGGAACCAGGAACAUUAUACAAGUUUAAAAUAUAUGCAGAAAUUGAUGGUAAUAAAGGAGAGCCAACAGAUACAAGUGUUUAUACAAAGCCCAGUCCAGUUUAUGAUAUUAAAGCUGAAAAUAUCAAUACUACAUCCCUGGAUUUAAGUUGGAAAACUAAUGAUACAAAUGCAUCAAAUUACAUUUACCUAAUAUAUAUUGAUGGACAUUCUUUUACCUUCUUUUCUAAUACUACACAUGUGUCAAUUCCUAAAUUGGAACCUGGAAGAUUUUACAAGUUUGUAAUAUCUGCACAAAUCAGUGGCAGUAAAACGGAAGGAGACCCAAAUGAAAUAAAAGUUUAUACAAAACCUAGUUCAGUCUUCGACAUCAGAGUUGAAGAUGUCAGUACAACUGUGGUCAAUGUAUCAUGGAAAAGUCCUGAUGCAGCUGCUUCUACAUACUCUUAUAGGAUACUCAUCGGUGGAAAAUCUGAUAAAAUAUCCCCAAUUACUAGCACUGAAAUUUCAGAGCUAAAUCCUGGUACUGUGUAUCAAUUCAGUAUAUAUUCCAUAGCAGCAGAUAACAAGACUGAAGGAAUACCCAAGAGCAUAAUUCAUUGUACAAAUCCAGCAUCAGUGGAUAGAUUGGACUGCAAUCCGGUAGAAAAAAAGGCAGAAUUAAGUCUAAACUGGACUACUCCAAAAGGAGAUUAUAAAGGCUUCAAAAUUAAGGUCCUAAACAAUAAUUGGAACACGACUUUGGAGGAAAAACAAAAUCAAACCAUUGUGACAAACCUGGCUUAUUUUACCACUUAUACCAUUAAAAUUGUCACCCUUUCAUGUGAGAAAAUGAGCGUUCCUCAGGAAAAAAUAUGCCGCACAAGUAUCACUGAUCCCCCACCUUUGACCAAGUCCCCUACUGUCAAAGCAACCAGCCACAACUCUUUAAAUGUCCAGUUCAACAGUUUUAGUUCAAGUCAUGGACCUAUAACAGCAUAUGCAGUAAUUAUUACCACAUCAGAAGGUACAGUCUCAAAUGAGGCUUUAAAGUACACAUAUAAUGAUUUCAGGAAUAAAGAAACAAAUAGUUAUGUUGCAUAUAUCAAAACUGAAGAAAAACGUUCAUCUUCUACCAAAAAUCAGGAUUAUGAUGUUGAAAUAGGAAGUGAAUCUACAACAUAUGGUUAUUUUAAUGGAAAAUUAGAUCCUCUUAGUUCAUACAGGGCAUGUGUUGCUGCUUUCACUAGAAUUGCAUUUUUGAAUGAGACCUUUGUCAACACAGAGAAGAGUUAUGUCUCAUUUUCACCUCUUUCACCGUCCAUUGUCUUACCUCAGAAUCCAGCUGUCAUUACAGGAGGUGUUGUUGGAAGCAUUCUGAUUCUGUUAGUUAUUGUUACAGUUGUGGGAUUUGUCUUCUGGAAAAAGAAAAGGAAAGGUAGAAAUAACGAAGUGCCAUUUGCUCAAAUUGAACCUAAAAAAUCAAAGUUACUUAAAGUUGAAAAUUACGAAUCUUAUUUUAAGAAACAGAAAGCUGACUCAAACUGUGGGUUUGCUGAAGAGUAUGAGGAUCUCAGGCCAGUUGGUGCUAAUCAGCCUAAAUUUGCUGCUGAAUUGUCAGAAAACAAAGGAAAAAAUAGAUACAACAAUGUUUUGCCUUAUGAUAUUUCUCGUGUUAAACUUUCAAUUCCAAAUCAUUCAACUGAUGAUUACAUUAAUGCAAAUUAUAUGCCAGGGUAUAACUCCAAGAAAGAGUUUAUUGCAGCACAAGGCCCUUUGCCUAACACUGUGCAAGAUUUCUGGCGCAUGAUCUGGGAGAAGAAGAUUUACACAGUUGUUAUGUUGACUAAAUGCAUUGAACAAGGCCGGACAAAAUGUGAAGAGUAUUGGCCAAACAAACAGUCCAAGAACUAUGGGGAUAUAAUGGUGGCCAUGACUUCAGAAAUUUCCCUACCUGAGUGGACAAUAAGAGAUUUCUCCAUAGAGCAAAGUGAUUCACCGGAAAGUCAUCCUGUGCGUCAGUUUCACUUCACUGCCUGGCCUGAUCAUGGGGUUCCAGAAACCACGGACCUUCUCAUCAGCUUCAGGCACUUGGUCCACGAAUUCAUGAAGCAGAAGCCCCCGUCUUCUCCAACCUUAGUUCAUUGCAGCGCCGGUGUUGGGAGGACAGGAACUUUCAUUGCGAUUGACCGUUUGAUACAACAAAUGGAGAUGGAGAACACUGUUGAUGUGUACGGCACUGUAUAUGAUCUACGAAUGCAUCGAUCUCUAAUGGUACAAACAGAGGACCAAUAUGUUUUCCUAAACCACUGUGUUAUGGAUAUUAUUAAAUCUAAGAAAGAGAAGAAAGCGGAUCUCAUCUAUCAGAACACAAAUGCCAUGGCAAUCUAUGAAAACUUCACACCAUCAUCACCAUAUAUUGGGAGGGCAAAUGGCUACCACGUAUAACUAGAAAGGAAUGACUUGGUUCCCAUUUGGGCCCUUUGCAGAGGAGAGAAAGAAUAUGCACUGCUUUUGUAUGACUUUAUAUACAAAGACUUCAGCACCUGUUUUGAAGAUACACGUGUUAAAUUGCCAGUGGAAACUAUGGAUUCAAUAUAGUGUUAAAAGAAAAAAAAAUCUAUACUGUAUUUUGCAGAGAAUUACAUUGAGGGUUGAUAAAGCAAAAUAUUAUUGGUGAAAUUAAUGUUGACUGAAUAAUAAGAAUGAAAAACACAGACACUUUUAAAUUAUUUUUUAA